UAGCACGCGUGAACCUCCUCCUGCCUGUUUCCCCCAACCCAUCUCUCUCUUUCUCUCUCAUCGAACCGCACCGGAACUCGCCUUCUCUCUCUAACACUCUCUCCGCCAGAUCUGCUACAACGUCCGAUUAAUUAGUCUGAAAUCCGAGAGCGCUGUUCACAUUGGUAGUAAUCGCAAGCGCCGCCGCCAUCUGCAGCCCCUCCGGGAAGAAUGGGGGAUUUCAAUUUAGCCCUAGUGAUCGUGGCGAUAGUCGUCUGCGUCAUCGUUUUCCUGGUCAAUGUCUACCUACUCGUCAAUUACCAGCAUCCUGAUGAUAAGAACCAGGCUUACUUCCCCAAAUUCGUCGUCGUCUUCGGGCUCACGAUCGCGGCAAUCUCGAUUCUGAUGCUCCCUGCCGACGUGGCUAACCGGCAGGCGUGCCGGCACGCGAUUUACAACGGCGCUUGUAAUCUUACGCUGCCGAUGAAGGAUUUGUGGCUCGCUAUCUACAUCGUGGAUGCAGUUCUGGUCUUCUUUGUAAUCCCGUUCGCCAUGUUUUACUACGAGGGAGACCAGGAUAAGACUGUGUGGAAGAGGAUGAGAAGUGCACUGAUAUGGGUCGUUGUGACUGCUAUUGUUUGUGCGCUGGUUCUUGCAAUUAUGUAUGGACUUCUGGGUAAGGUGGACUUCACUGUUAGACACCUCUCCUCAACUACUACGCCCUUCCCAUCGACAUGGGAUUUCUCCAACAAUCAACAAUGCGUUGGCACUGGAGCAAGACAGUGCUCUGCAUAUUCUGCCAGUGCUUCGUCUGAGACUACUUGGACCAUGCGGACUACCUUUCCAGAAUAUGUUGUCGCACUUACUACAAUUGUUGGAUCAGUGCUUUUCACUAUUUUUGGUGGUGUUGGCAUUGCUUGCCUGCCACUUGGGCUCAUAUUUUCAUUCGUCAGGCGACCAAAGGCUGUUAUCACGCGCUCACAGUAUAUCAAGGAAGCAACUGAACUGGCAAAAAAAGCUAGAGAACUUAAAAAAACAGCAGAUGCUCUUCACCAGGAAGAAAGGAGUGGAGGCAAGGGAAGAAAGUGGCGCAAAAAUGUGAAAGCUGUUGAAAAGGAGCUACUUCUUUUGGAAGAAGAUGUGAAGGCGUUGGAAGAGAUGUAUCCUCAAGGUGAAAAGGCUGAAGCAAUGUGGGCUAUGACUGUUCUCGGCUACCUUGCCAAAUUGGUGCUUGGAGUUGUAGGGUUAGUUGUUUCAGUGGCUUGGAUUGUUCAUAUUGUAUUAUACUUGCUGAUUGAUCCUCCAGUAUCAGCAUUUCUUAAUGAGAUAUUCAUCAAGCUGGAUAGUGUUUGGGGACUUCUGGGCACCGUCGCAUUCGCCUUUUUCUGCUUCUACCUUCUGCUUGCUGUGAUUGCUGGUGCAAUGAUGCUUGGUCUGAAAUUGGUUUUUAUUACAAUCCACCCAAUGAAAUGGGGAGCUACUCUUAUGAACUCAUUCCUUUUUAAUGUGGCCCUCAUUCUUCUUUCUUCAAUCAGUGUGAUUCAGUUCUGUGCUACUGCUUUUGGGUAUUAUGCUCAAGCUACUGCAGCUCAAGAAAUAUUUGGUCACACAUUGCAAUCACUUCGUGGAAUCAAAUACUUGUACAAGUACAACGUGUUUCAAAUUGCUUUCAUCGUCUUAGCAGGGCUCACAUUUGUAUAUUAUGCAGCAUUCGGAUGGAGAAGAAAAAGGACGACUGGCCGGCUCCAACUCUCCUCGUAAACAUGUUGCUUCGACUUCAGCUGAACUGAAGGUGCUUGAUUUCGUGGUCCAUGUACAAAAGUGAUGUCAAUUCUUGAUGCACGUGGUUAUGUUUGCACUGUCUUAUGGAGGAGGGCAACAUCACUGCCAAUUUCGUCCAGACUGCUGGUUUCUGCUUUGACUUGUUUUCUGCCUAGUGUUGUAAAUGUUCAAUUUCUUUCAUUUCUUUUUGCUUAUAUUUAUCACAUAUCUGAGAGAACUUGACCGUGUUGUAAUGCGUAGUCUUUGCUGAGCACAAGAAACAGCUGUUUGUAGCACUUGCUGUGCCUUGUUAUAUCACCAUCCCUUGUUUUCA